CAAUCACUGCCUCGGUAGCACCCGGAAAGGGCUUGAGGCACUGUUCAGCGUGUCUGCGGACGGUGCGAGGGUCGGUGAGGGACCCACCAAGCGGCAGGAUGUCCUGGUCACAUCUUCUCCGUGGGCUCAACAUGGCCCUAAGUCGUGGCCUGGCCCUGGUACCCCAGCUCUGUGCCACCCGCCCCAUGGCUACACUGAACCAGAUGCACCGUCUGGGGCCCCCAAAGCGCCCGCCCCUGCGCCUGGGCCCCACGGAAGGCCGGCCGCAGCUGAAGGGCGUUGUUCUGCGCACGUUCAUCCGCAAGCCCAAGAAGCCCAACUCCGCCAACCGCAAGUGCUGCCGCGUCCGGCUCAGCACAGGCCGCGAGGCUGUCUGCUUUAUCCCCGGGGAGGGCCACAACCUGCAGGAGCACCACGUUGUCCUUGUGCAGGGUGGCCGCACCCAAGACCUGCCAGGAGUUAAGCUCAAAGUUGUGCGGGGCAAGUAUGACUGUGGCCACGUGCAGAAGAAGAAGUGACCAGCCAGUGCGCUGAGGCCUGGGCACCUGCAGAACAGGGACGUUCCUUGUGGGAUCUCCAGCGGGUCCUUCAAAGUCAGCUCUUCCUGUUCUAGAGGCAGCCGGCCCUGGGUUCAAAGCCCAGCUCUGCCUCUUCCUUCAGGAGCACCAUAGCCCAUAAGGUUCCCUGGGUGCUGUCAGCACCCUUGGCUUCUGUGUUUAGAGUUGGCCUGUGGGGCCUCUUCUGCCAUCACCUGGGAAGCACACAGGUCCCCACGGUUGUGAUGCAAACCGUCCCCACCUUUCUGCAGCAUUUGCCCUCUCACUGUGGCCCUGGCAGCUGCCAUCCUUUCUGGGCCUCAGUUUGCUCUUCCAAAAAAUAAUCCCAUUUGCAGUAUCCCCUCCGUUUCGUUUGGUGAAGAUUAAACUACAUGCCUCUGUGUACAGUG